CACCAUCGGCUUCUGACGCUGUUCGUAUUCCUGCUAGCAUGGGCGGCUGUCUGCGGAGCACCCAGAAGAACAAACGACGGAAGUCUCUCAAGACACAACACUGAAUCAGAGCAAACGAACUCUUUAUACUUUGAUCAUGCCUCCUCGCAUCCUAUGGCUGCGAUAUCUUCGGUGGAAACAAUACUAGAGGCGCCGGGGAGAUCAUCGGCGCCUGAAAGCGCAAAGGACGCUUCAGCAAGAGCAGCAUCGGAGGCGUCGGUGGCAGGAUCAGCGACGGUAUCAGGGUCGACGUCAUCAAGCUUUUUGGAAACGGGUAACGAGCCAGCCAUGCUGGUGAAUGCAAACGCCAUUCCACCUCCACUGGACUCUGUCAACAUGAUGCCUGGGGUGUUCCCAGGGUAUAUGUCGCAGAGAGUCGUGUUCUCUGCAGAGCGCCCUCAGACCCCGCCCUGGCCCGGCGAUGCUUCCUUCCGACCGGAAGCCUUUGACGAAGAGGGUGAUAGUGCUAAUACGACCGAUGAUUCGGACGUCGCGCAUAGUAGACAACGCCGGUCGUCAUCGGUCAGUGACUUGGAAGAGGUCUGUGAAAGUACCAGUAGGUGGAUGGUCAAAAAAUGGGGCACGGACAUGUACGGACAAAACGUGACCAUCUUAUCAGAGAUCAUGACCGCUGGUAACAUUCAGGUUACCCAGUGGUUUUACGAGACCGCGUGUGCGCGUCCUCACGGAGUCCAGAAGUGCUUGGGGAUCGACAACAACAACUACGACUCGCUGUGCCUGACAAAGUCAGCAUGGGUCUAUGCCAUGAUCAGGACAGCGAGAGGAGAGGAAGGGUGGACAUGGAUUGCAAUUAGCUCAUCAUGCAAUUGUGCAGUCAGAAGACUGAGCCUCUUAGAACAAAUAGGGCGCCGCAGUCGGUUAACGAGACUCGAAGGCUUUCGGUAAAAGCAAAAUACUGUGCUCUUUAUUGCUUGUCAUAUUUCUAUUUAAAGGUAUUAAGUUAUUGACGAUGUGUUUGUUUUAUGUUACAACUUUGGUUUAUAUUCAUGUUCAGGUCGAAUCUUCAGCCGUUGGAUCGAAAUGCCCUUGUAAAUAUGGGAAAACCAUCUGAGACUGCACGGUGCCACAAAGCACUGGGUAAUUUCGCAGGCUUUUGAAAAACAAAAAUGUACACGUAUUCUCAGUUCUGUUUAGUUCAGAUUAUCCAAUCUCGUCAUGUCUCUUUCAAUCAACAUCAAGUCCCACUAGGUCCAAUAUUUUCAAAGUCUCCGCUGUCCAGGUUAUCAACCUGUUUAUUGAUGGUGCUUGCAUACUUACAUAAUGUUCAAAUGUUUUACUUCCGGUAAUCAUUUGAUAUCUAAAUUUAUUAAAUGUGGUUUUACUGUAUUCCAAAACAAUUUUUUAUAUUAACUCAUAAGCAUACAAGUUAAAGAAAACUCAUUUUAAUGCUGUAAUGUGAUUGCAAUAUAGAUAUAUUACGAAACUGAAAAUGCCGAAAGAUUACUGAGUCGCUAUAUAUUGGUCAGAUCUCAAGGCAAAUAAAAUAAUUAAUGUCGGUACCACUUCCCCCUAAUUAAAAUACAUAUUCCACGUUCGAGUUCCUAUAAGGUUAGUAUAGCAUACAGGCUUCACAGACCUUAUUUUUUCCAGUUUGUUAUGAUUGCCCAUUUACGAGUUCUGUCAUUUCGUAAUAGGCCUAUCAAAGGUCAAAUCCACCCACAGAAAAUGUUGAUUUGAAUCAAUGGGGAAAAUCAAACAAGCGUAACGCUGAAAAUUUCAUCGAAUUGGAUGUUUGAUAUUUUUCAUAGCUCUGACAAUACGGAUCGACUUGACUGAACCAUUAAGUGUUAAAACAAUGGUGAUUCCGCAUGUUCAUGAAGGAAUUAAAUUUUAAAGAAGAAAUCUGAACAUUUCAUAUUCCAUAUAAUAAAAUACAAAAGUAAUAGUGAGCGGAUGACGUUAUCAUACCGAACAAAACGUGCACAUAUCUGUUUUGUGGGAUUAAGUGAAACUUUAAAAAUACCAUAACUUUUUUAUUUUACAUCCGAUUUUGCUGAAAUUUUCAGCUUUAUUCUUGUUUGUUGAUUUUUUUUUGCUCAGAUCAAAACUUUGUUGGUGUGACCAGUCAUUUCAAAAUACACAAAGAUCCCGUAUAUGCCUGUAGAUUAUAUUUAAUGUUGAACAAGGCUCGUUUAGAAAAUGGAAUUCUAGACACACUUACCGGUUUGUUUUUACAAAGAAUUCAGUUUAACUUUAAGUUAUGCUUGAAUGCAAGGGAACAUCGGGGCUUUUUAACAUAAUACUUUGCAUGAUCUGGCCGAUGUGGUAAAAUUGUUCUAUACUGCUUGUAUUUGGAUAUUAAUAGACUACCUGCUUUAAGUUAAAUUUCAAACCUUCGUGAAAAGCCCCAAUGAUGAGUAGAUUAGUAAUGAACUGAGCUGGCGCUCUCCAUUUAUUAUUUGGGACGUCGAUAAACUCAUUAGCCAUGAUCAUACGUCCAUCAAAGCGAGGCCCUCCAAUCAACUUUUAACAAUUUUUCUUGUCAAAGUAACUCUUCAGUUCAUAAAUUUAUCCAUGCUACUUUGAUACCCAAGAAAUUGGGAUUUUAUCCUUAUACUUAUAUUGAUUAAGACUAUCAAAUGAUUUGCAAUGUAUUUAUUACCCAAUAUUGAAAUGAUUAAUAUGGACAGCGAAAGAGCUGUUCAUAUUUCUUGUAUCUUUCAAAGUAAAUGUAGCGGAAAAGCAACUGAUUAUCAUAGGUGUAUUGUGUAUAUGAAUUUUUAAGUAUAAGAAUUAUUUAUUGAGACGUAUCCUUCCUGUUUAUUCUAAUUUAUAUAUUUAUUGAAAUACCUCGCUUUGAGGUUAUGAUAUUCACUCUUUUUCGAUCGCACUAUUAGUGUUAUCGUGUCAUGUAUUCAUAUGUGAAUAAAGAAUAACGCAGUUCGUGAAUCACGUUUAUGAUACAGUCACGGCAAAGUAUCCGACUCGAGACCGGCCAAAUAUAUUACGUUAUUUCCAAUGACAUACCAUCGGUCGGUUUGGAGUCGGUUUCGUUGAUUUGACUGUAGCAUAACCGACUAAUGAAAGCUGAGUCACUAGAACAAAAUUAAUAAAAUGAAGUAUUUCACUCAAUAAGAUUAUAAUGAUAUUAUGCGAUGCUAUUUAUCAGCGAGUAAAUAUUAACAUUGGCAAAUAAAACUUCUCUGAUUUUAAUGUCA